AUGGCCGCAUCCCCGCUUAAGAUGGCGGCCAUCUGCGCGGUGCUGGUGGUCGUCCUCAUAUAUGCUGCGGGCAAGCCGGCGAUGGCGUACGUCGACGGGAAACCCUUAGCUUGCCCUAGUGCAGGGACGGCAUGCCGCACAGCAUGCAUACCUGCGUGCAACGCCUUUGCAGAGAAGAUGUGCAGCGUGCUCUGCGCCCUUGCUCCAGGGGCGGGCCAGACCUGCGUGAACCAGUUGUUCACCCCUUGCCAGGUCGCCUGCAAGAACUUGUGCGAGCCCCUCCCGGGUCAGACUCGCUGA